AUUGUGCUGAAGUGUGCUCGGCUGGCAGAGAUCAGUCACACACACACAUAUGUUAGGGCUGAUUAGGCUGGCAGAGCCACCGGGCAGGCAGCCCACUGGAGGGGAUGAUGGAGGGAUGCAUGGAGAGUGUGAAGGAGGGCGAGACUCAGAGAGGGGAUGGAUGAAGAAACGAUGAUGAUUGAUGGCGCAGCAAAAGGCAGAUGGUGAAAAUCCUUGUGUUAUUUUUUUCCCUUCCUCCUAUAGAAUGAGCAAAGUGGCUGUUUUCAUUGGAAAACAAUCACCGUGUUCCUGGAGCUACAGUGCAGUAUAGCAGGAGCCCCCUCCCAUCCCCCAGUAGGUGUGUGCAGAUGUGGUUUCGGGGGUGAAUCCGGUAGAGGGCGGAGUGAGAGAGAGAGAGAGAAAGUGAAGGAGGAGUGGGGGGAAAGCAGGAGCUGCAGAGGGCUGGAGCUGCGGAAAGGAAGAGGAGGGGAGCGGACACGGGUGGCAGCGGAUGCCGGGCAGCUGCGGCCUGAGUGCAGGCGACAAGAGAGGCAGGAGUCGGUGGAGCUCCAGAGGGUUUUAGGAUACAGGAAGAGAUAGAACAGUGUGGAGAUCGGUGCGCACGCACGCACGCACGCACGCGCUUGAGUCACUUUUGGGGGUGCACAUUAUAGCCCCCCCUCCCUUAGAGGACACACACACACACACACACACACACGCGUCUUAAGAACAGCGGGAGAUGCAUUACGUCAUAGCCUCCCGUCGCCCUAGUUGACCGCGCGCGCAGGACGGGAUGAUGCAGGGCUGCUGGACCACAACGGGAACGGAUUCCGCUGCUGCUGCACGCGAGCGCCCGGUGGCGGUGUCCGGACCGCACGAGGAAGAAGGGGAGCCGCCGUCGCGCGGCCGCCGGCUCUGAUGGCUCCUCGCGCCCCGGGCGGGAAAGAGACACAGCAGUCGCCGCGGCGCGAGAGGGAAGGGGACAGCAGGUAUCUGGGAAGUGACGUGGAAUCCGCGCCCCGCGAGAAAGCACCACGGUGCGGUUGUCGUGCGUUUCGCAGGAGGGCAGGAGCGGGAAGGGGAACAUGGCCGCGCAGUCCGACGGCGGCAAAGCCGGGGUCGGGUGCGGCGGCGGCGGCUUCGCCCAGCUGUACGAUGUUGACGCCGAGGAGCCUCUGGACUCCGCCGCGAUCCACAUCUGUCAGUGCUGCCGCUCCUCGGCUUGCUACUGGGGCUGCCGCUCCGCCUGCCUCGGCUCUCUGCUCGGCGGGGGCCAGCCUGCCGGAGGGGUCGGCAUCCGGGAGACUCACUGCCCGCCCCGGGAGCAGCUGUGGCUGGACUGCCUCUGGAUCAUCCUCGCCCUCCUCGUCUUCUUCUGGGACGUUGGCACGGACCUGUUCCUGGCGGUGGACUACUACCAGAGACAGGACUACCUCUGGUUCGGCCUCACUCUCUUUUUCGUGCUGGUGCCGUCGGUGCUGGUCCAGAUUCUGAGUUUCCGCUGGUUCGUGCAGGACUACACCGGCGGGGGGCUCGGCGAGGUGGAGGGGCUGACCAAGCGGGGCACGGUGGCUCUGGGCUGCCUGUAUCCCGGCAGGGACCGCCUGCAGCUGGCCACCAUCUGGCUGUGGCAGGCCACUAUACACAUCCUCCAGCUGGGACAAGUGUGGAGGUACAUCCGGACGCUGUAUCUGGGCGUCAUGUCGCGUCGGCAGAAGGAGCACCAGCGGCGGUGGUACUGGGCCAUGAUGUUCGAGUACGCAGACGUAAACAUGCUGCGACUGCUGGAGACUUUCCUGGAGUCGGCGCCUCAGCUGGUCCUGCAGCUCUGCAUCAUGAUCCAGGAGAACCGAGCCGAGACGCUGCAGUGCAUCUCCUCCCUGGCCUCCCUCCUCUCCCUCGCCUGGGUUCUGGCCUCCUACCACAAGCUCCUGCGAGACUCUCGUGACGACCAGCGCAGCAUGAGUUACCGCGGGGCGCUGCUGCACCUCUUCUGGCGCCUCUUCACCAUCUCGUCCCGCGUCCUCUCACUGGCCCUCUUUGCCUCCCUCUUCCACAUCUACUUCGGCAUCUUCGUGGUGCUCCACUGGUGCGCCAUGGCCUUCUGGGUGGUGCAUGGCGGCACCGACUUCUGCAUGUCCAAGUGGGAGGAGGUGCUGUUCAACAUGGUGGUCGGCAUCGUCUACAUCUUCUGCUGGUUCAACGUGAAGGAGGGCCGGACGCGCUACAGGAUGGUGGCGUACUACACCGUGGUGCUGGCCGAGAACACCAUCCUCACCGGCCUGUGGUACGCCUACAGGGCAGCGUUGACCGACUCCUACGCCGUCCCAGCACUGUGCAGCGUCUACCUGACGUUCGCCGGCGGCGUCCUGGUCAUGCUGCUGUACUACGGCUUCCUGCACCCGGCCACCGUCCACCUCCAGCCGAGCCCCGCCUCAUCCUGCUGCGCCCAGCUCCUCUGGGGCCUCCUCUGCCCCCGUCGGCCCCGCCCACUGCCCCGCCCAACCCCAGCCCACAUGGCCAAGUCCCAGACAGAGGAGGAUGUGGCCGAGACGUGUCUUCCCGUCUUCCAGGUGAGGUCCGCGCCCCCCACCGCCAAGCCCGAGGGCCCGCUCAUAAAGAUCGACAUGCCCAGGAAGCGCUACCCAGCGUGGGACGCCCACUACGUAGACAGGCGCCUGCGGAGGACUAUAAACAUCCUGCAGUACAUAACGCCGGCUGCUGUGGGCAUCCGCUACCGUGACGGACCCCUGCUGUAUGAACUGUUGCAGUAUGAGUCCUCACUCUGACACACACACACACACACACACACACACACACACGGUAACACAC